AUGGCUCAGGCCGAUAUUGUCAAGUCUCACCUUGUCACGCCAGAAGAGUACGGAAUUGUGCCCAGGCUAUCAGCAAAGCUCAAACUUUCGCCUCUAGACCAAAACAUGCCCAGAAUGUACGGUUCACGAUGGAUUCUCUGCUUUCCUCUGCCCGCGGGCGUAGAUGAGAAACAUGUAUUUGAAAAUUUGAAAAAAGCACUAGCCUACACAAUAUCCGCCAUGCCUUGGAUUGCUGGCGAAAUCGGAUUGGAAGAAGGUCAAAAUAAGGAAAGCAACAUAGUGCAAAUUGUCGAAGGGCAAGGUGGUUGUGAAUUUAGAUGUUUAGAUCGUACCUCUGACCUACCAUCGUACGCUGAACUCAAGAAGAACAACUUUUCGUUCUCAAAACUUACCACUGCCCUGGUUUCUCCACUUCAGGUAGUUCAACAAUCACAGCCUGUUUUUGCAGCACAAGCGAACUUCAUUAAGGAUGGACUUCUUUUGACAGUUGGAGUGCAUCAUUCCGCCUGUGAUGCUGUCGCAUUAGAUCACAUUCUCGACACUUGGGCAUCAAACACUGGCAUUGAGGGCGAUUUGGGUCCUUUCCGCGAGUAUGACCCCAUUGUCAAUGACCGAACGCCGUUGCGUCGGGGGCUUCCUGAUGCAAAUAUUGCCGAAUUCCCCGAAUACUUCCUCAUGCCCACCGCAAAGGCUUCGUCUGGAUUGGCACCGCCGACCUACAAGCUUCCCCCAAUGGUCUCCAAGGUGUUCUUUGUCUCGCGACCGAAGUUAGAAGACUUGAAAACGGAAGCAAGAGCUUUCUCGAUAAACGACGCUCUCUGCGCGUUUUUCUGGCACCACAUGACGUUAGCUCGAGCGUCGUCUUCCCUCUCCCCUUUCAGAUCGAUCGAUAACAAGAAUGUACCGACCUCCGCCGCCCUUUUUGCAGUAAAUAUUCGGAGUCGCACAAGCCCACCACUCCCACGAACAUAUCUUGGGAAUGCUUGCCUCGGUAGCCUCACAAAACGACUCACUAUCGCAUCACUCACCCAUCCUGAAACUGGACUCCCUCAAGCCGCAGCAGCACUCCGCGCCGCACUUAAUGCAACACAUGAACCUUCUCGGGUAUCGCGUACUAUUGGACUGCUUUCAUCUCGUCAGAAUGCUCAGGACUUCCAGUUUGCGGUGAAAGCAUUCCUUGGGCCGGAUGUCACUAUGACAAGUUGGGCUGACCUUAAGAUACGAGAUCGUGAUUGGGGCAGUUUGGGUACACCUGAGGGUUUCAAGAUUCCAUAUGAAGGCGCAGACGGGAAUAUUACCAUUUAUCCUCGUCUCCAGAACGGUGGGCUUGAGGUUAUGGUUUGUUUGGAGAGUGAGGCAAUGGCAAACAUGGUACAAAAUCAAACAUUUCUGAGAUUUGCAGCAGACUUAGAUCUAUAG